AGGCCUGUUUUCAGGUUGCAAAGGAAAUGCGAUUUGCAAAAAUCUCACUGUUUAAACUCCAGGACUUUAAUGGAAAUGAGAAACAACAGCUGCAAUUAUAGAUCGUUCCAAUAAUCUCUCUCUCUUGCCUUUUGAUGUGCUGCCUGUGGCUAAAAUAAAAACUUAGUUGAGAAAGGCCCCGCCCUGGAAAUGACUUGUGCAGCCAACGACAGAUUGCGUGUUGUUGCUUUUUGUUCAAAGACACUCAGGUUAAAGAGCUGGAGAUCAUUCAAAGUCUGUCCCUUCCAUGUGUGCAUGGUUACAACUUCAGCUUCUGAAAGCAAAACAGGAAAGCUGUGGAGGAACUUUUGCAGCGGAAGGGGUUAAAUGAAACCCAACUCUCCUUUUCCUGUGCAGUAAAGGAUUAGUAACCAAACAGAAGCUAGAGGAGAGAGGUGGUGUUAAAGAGCCACUGAUUGAGCUGGAAGACUGAGGACUUGAGUGGUGGUGAUCUAAGGUAGCAUUGCUGCCUCUUGCAGUCAUCUGUGAGCAGAGACACCCAGCCACAGGACAUGAUGACAUUUGUGUUCCUACUGCUUAUACUAACAGUGAUGCCUUCUUCCACGUUGGCGGCUCGUAAAGCAAAGAGGCAAACGGACUUCUGGGGGAGCUGGGGAGAAUGGGGCGACUGCAGCAGGAGCUGCGGUGGAGGUGUAAGUUUUCGGCAGCGACGCUGUUACUCAGUAAGGGCAGAUGGUGGGUUCAGCUGCAUAGGACCGACCCGAAACUAUCGCUCGUGCAAUGUUAAGAACUGUCCUGAGGGCUCCAGAGAUUUUCGAGCAGAGCAAUGUGCUGAGUUUGACGGGACAGAAUUUCAGGGAAAAAGAUACAAGUGGCUUCCUUAUUAUGGAGCACCCAAUAAAUGUGAACUAAACUGUAUCCCAAAGGGAGAAAACUUCUACUACAGGCACAAAGACACAGUGACUGAUGGGACGCCCUGUGAGCCAGGGAAGCAUGAUAUCUGUGUGGAAGGAGCCUGCCAAGCCGUUGGCUGUGAUAACAUUCUGGAUUCUUCCAAGAAGGAAGACAAGUGCCUACAAUGUGGCGGAGAUGGCAGAGCCUGUUUUGAGGUGAAGGGCUUCUUUGAUGUGCCCAACCUCCCUAAAGGCUACAAUCAAAUCUUCAUCAUUCCCAUGGGGGCCACAAGCAUCCGGAUUAAGGAAGCGACACCUACCAGGAACUUCUUGGCCAUCAAGAACGCACAAGGAGCAUACUAUCUGAAUGGCCACUGGACGAUUGAGUUCAGCCGUGCCUUGCAUAUUGCUAGCACAGUAGUGCAUUAUGACAGGGGUUCUGAGGGGGAUCUGGCACCUGAACUUCUUCACGCCAGGGGCCCAACUACUGAGCCCUUGGUCAUUGAGCUUAUCAACCAGGAGCCAAACCAAGGGGUACAUUAUGAAUACUAUCUGCCAACACAAAGGCAGAGCUUGGGCUACAGCUGGGCCUAUGGUUCCUGGGGCGAAUGCAGUGCUGAGUGUGGUGGAGGUUAUCAGACACGCUUGGUCUUUUGCACUAUUGACAAUGAAGUAUAUCCUGAUUAUAUGUGCAGAGAUAAACCACAGCCAGAAAAUAACCGAACUUGUGGCCUUCAGCAAUGUCCCCAGACAAAACGGAUAUCUUACCUCUAUCUGCCGGGAGCAUGGAGCCGCAACACAGCAUGGAGCUUACAAACAAAGAGCUGGAAGAUUGGGGAAUGGGGAGCUUGUUCUGCCACCUGUGGAGGAGGCACCCAGACUCGUUCCGUUUAUUGCGUCUCCCACCACGGACCUGGUUCUCAAAAUGCUGUGGAUGAUGCCGAGUGUGCAUCCUUGACAGAGAGGCCGCGUAGCAUACAGCCUUGCAACAUGCGUCAGUGUGCAGCAUGGACCACAGGGCCUUGGUCUGAGUGCACAGCUAGUUGUGGGGAAGGUGUUCAGACCCGGACUGUAAACUGCAUGUCGGAGCUGGGCUCUCGGACUCUCGAAGUUGCCUGCUUGACACAACCAAAACCUUCACACACCCAGUCCUGCACCGGUGAGAAUUGUAUCCAAGAGAUCGGCUGGCAUAUUGGAGACUGGGGACUGUGCUCAAAGAGCUGUGACUCAGGCAUCCGAACGCGGCAGGUCAUGUGUGCAGACGGGGAUUCCAAGUUCUACAACCAUGAGAUGUGCCGGGCCAUCCAGCCGCAGAUACCAGCCAUGCUUGGAACAUGCAACACCCAGCCCUGUCAUCUGCCGCAGCAGGUUCCCAGUAUGCAAGACUCUGCAGGCUACGAUGUCAACCGCCAGAACUUACUGACCCGAUACAAUCCUGACUACGGCACCAUAGCUUCUGCAAAUGAAAGAAUAACCCAAACUGGUUCUACUACUCAUCACCAAGUCCAGCCCAAUGGAGAUCAUGAUUCCAAUUUCUUGCCCCUUCAAUGGGAGUCUAACUUAGGAUCCUCAGUAUCCCGCCACUUCAAUUCCCAUCAAAAUGUUGCCUCAACAACUAAAGUUCAAGACUGUAACCAGAGCCUUCAUGGUUGCUGUUCAGAUGGCCAGACUGUGGCCGCUGGUCCUUUUGGGCAAGGCUGCCCAUUUGACACUUGCCAUCAGAGCAGGUAUGGGUGCUGUCCUGAUGGAAUAUCACCUUCUCAGGGGCCAAACAAGGAAGGGUGCCCACAAUACUACAGUGAUGUUUAUGUGAACAGGAAUGAACCUGCUGUUGCUGCUCCAACAGUGAGCCGAGUUCUGUCCCAGGAGAGGCCAGCGGAGGAGUGUCGUGUUUCUACGUAUGGUUGCUGCUACGACAACGUUGCUUCUGCUUCUGGGCCUCAGGGGGACGGAUGCCUCAAUAGACCCAGCCAACCUUAUCCUAUCGGUUGCCUGCUGCCCAGCGCCCAUGGCCCCUGCACAGAUUGGACUACGCGCUGGUACUUUGUACAUGACGUUGGGAAAUGCAAUCGGUUCUGGUAUGGGGGCUGUCACGGCAACAACAACAACUUUGCUUCUGAAGAGGAGUGCAUGAAAACUUGCCAUAGAUCAGUGGGAAGGAGUGAUGUGGGACAACACCACCAUGCUGCAGUUCCUAACAUCCACUCUAGUUCUCACCUGCGAGGAGUUGCAGAGGAGCAGCACCAACAGCAGCCUGCAAGAGGAGCCAUGAGUCAUAGCCAUGGAGGAGGAGGAGGAGGAGGUGGACGUGGGGCUUUCCAUGCUCACACUGGCUCAGAAACUCACUCAUUGCUACAUCAUGGGGAGAGAAGCUGGGGAAGGACCAUGACUGUAGAUAGCCUGCCUGAGUCUCAGCAAGGGAUGGGGGAAAGAAGGAAGGAUCCAGCAAACCACCUUCAUGGUUUAGGGGAAACCGUGGUCUCUGGACACUCUGAGAGGCGGCAGACUGUCAGUGGUCAGACGGUUCACCGUGAGCAUGAAGGGUGGAGGAGAGAAUCUGCAGCAGAUGGAUCAGUAGUGAAUGGAUUUGAGCGCCAAGCCUCAGCAAGCUCUUCCUUCCCUCCUUCUCUAAACAGGGUCUUCUUGGAUGGAUCGGAGUCUUCAGCAGUGGAGGCAGGCUUGGGACAAAGCAUCCGCCUUCUCUGUAAGGCAGGCAGUUCCCGCUUCUCCAGAGUUGAGUGGCAGAAGGAUGGGCGGCCAGUGUCCUCUGACAGGCAUACCUACCAGUCUGACAGUUCCCUGGUGAUCAGCCAGCUCAGAGCUGAAGAUGCUGGGACCUACAUGUGCAAAAUUUCGAAUGGGAGGGUAGAGCACAGGAAGAUUGUGCUGAGGAUCAAAGAAAUCCCAGGAUCUGAUGUUUCACAGAGAGCGGGGAAUCAGCUGAUUCAUGGUCAAAAUCACCAGCACAGAGCAUUUGUUUCAGGACUUAGUACUGGGCAAUCACAUGACUCUCCUGUCAACCUUCCUCAGACAACAUACAGGUUAAAAAUGUAUAAGAACGAACCCUCAAUUGUUGAUGCCAAUAUUGGGGAGCGAGUCAGAUUGCCUUGUCGUGUAGAGGCUUUGCCUUCUGUAACCAUUGAGUGGCAGAAAGACGGACAGCCCAUCUCCUCUCCAAGGCACAGACAGCAGUCUGACGGUGCCUUAGUUAUCAGUCGCCUUGCCUCUGAAGAUGCUGGCUUCUUUACUUGCAUUGCUUCCAAUGGCCGGGAUCAGGAUCAGCGAAGAGUCCAGAUCAUACCUAGAGGGGAGCUGAGAAUCACUGGCCUGCUGCCCAGCCUCUCUGUGUCAGAGGGGGAGACUGCUCAGCUUCAAUGUGUUGUGACAGGCAACAAUGUGAACAUAAGAUGGUCAAGGAAUGGAGUUCCGGUGAGAGCUGAUGGCCAUCGUGUCCAGACGUCCCAGGAUGGAAGCCUAUUCAUAAAUAAUGUGCAGACGGGUGACGAGGGGUCCUACACCUGCAAUGCCUACAGUGGCAGUAAUUCUGUCAGUGCUAGUACAGAGCUGAAACUUAUCCGGAAGAGGCCAGAAGUACCUGCACGCCUCCCUUUGGACCCAAGCAGGGAAUGUGUUGACCAACCACACCUUGCCAACUGUGACCUGAUUAUACAGGCUCAACUCUGCAAUAAUGAGUAUUACUCUAGCUUCUGCUGUGCCAGCUGUUCUCACCACCAGGGCUGAACCUCAUUUCCCCCUAAUGUGGUUCUGCUCCAGAAGAAGGAAGUUUAUGAUCUACAGUCCUGAUUGCUUGAGAAAUCCCAUAUUUGUUUACUCAAGCACGCACACACACACACACACACACACACACACUGGGAAGUGGAGAGAAUAGGUAGCAGUAGCCAAAUUUCUACCUUUCUUAAGCUUUCUGUGGUGUUUUGCAACACACACACUGAUUGUCUAACAGCUGGCUGACCUACCCAUUCAAGGAAAUAACAAGGGACUGUUUUUCUAACAUAGUUUAACAAGCAAUAUGGACAAGAGUCAAAAAGCAAGAAAGAAAGGUUCCUUCAGGCUGAUUAAUGAUAACAAGCAGCACUCACCUUUAAAGUAGACUAAAACACAAAAAUAAAUUACAGAAAGCCAC